CUCGUCUGUUUUCUGUUUUCAGGUUAUCAAUCAACACAAACAAAACCGAAGACACCUGAGCGGCCAAUAUGAAGCAUUUUCUGAGAGUGGUGACCCAGUUCUUCGUGUUCCUCUACUGUAAAUGUCUGUGGCGGGGCCUAAAGUUUGUAGCCAGAAAGUUUACCGGGAACUGCGAGCUGCAGCGAAUCUGCUACAACAACAAGCAUGGAGCCCGCAGGACCCUGAAGAUAGAAUCGUCUCUGAGGUUCUCCAAAAAUGAGCUGCUGCAGUCUGCCCUCAGCAUCCAUCCUGAUAAAGUGGAGAAAACCAUUGAAGACAUCAUGGCGUUGAAGAAGAUUAACCCUGACACCAACCCACAGUUGGGCAUCUCUCUCCAGGCCAGCCUGCUGCAGAUUGUGGGCUACAGGAGCCUGGUGGCGGAGGUGGAGAAGCUGCGCAAGGAGCCAUACGACUGUGAAAACCCAGAGCACGAGGACAUGCUGAUGAAGCUGUGGAAGGAGCUGCGUCCUGACACACCUCUCACUGGACGCAUCUCUAAACAGUGGUGUGAGAUUGGUUUCCAAGGCAGCGAUCCCAAGACUGAUUUCAGAGGCAUGGGCCUGCUGGGCCUGCACAACCUGCUAUAUUUCGCAGAACAUGACAAGGCUACUGCUCUGCAGAUGCUCCACGACUCCCUGCAACCAAAGCACAAGUUAGCAUGUUGUGUCCUUCACAGUGAGAUAAACAAGCCUGAAUGGGAACAGAAGAACCUAGACAAAGCUAUUGGAUAUUCCUUUGCCAUUGUGGGCAUCAACAUCACAGACCUGGCCUACUCUCUCCUGGUGACUGGAGCUCUGAAGACCCACCUGUACAAUGUGGCCCCAGAGAUGCCGAGCCUGCUGCACUUCCAGCAGACCUUCUGUUACCUGAUGCAGGAGUUCCACCGUUUCUGGAUCGAGGAGGAUCCCAGCGACAUAAUGGAGUUCAACCGGGUCCGCUCCAAGUUCCACCGGAGGAUCCUGCGCCAGCUGAAGAACCCGGACAUGGCUCUGUGCCCCCACUUCUCCGCCUCCCACCUCCACCUGGUCAACCUGUAAACACACAAUCCCCUGACCUGUGACCCUCCCCACUGAACCCUUCAUACCCCCACGGAGGUCUCCCCUGGAUGUCCGGUAGGCCAACUAAAAAGAAAUCUGAGCACCCUUUACACUAAAC